CGAUCAAGAAAUUUUUGGGGUGUAAAGAGACAGUGCGAUGGGUGUUUGUUGUUGUUGUUACAUAUUGCCAUAUUUUAGUUACCCUAAUGAAUUAGGCCUUGCAUGCUAAUGAUGCAAGGUCUAACAGAGGUCACCGGCCCCGAUAGCACAGUUGGUAGAGCGUCCGCUUCGGGAGCGAUGGGGUCAAUCCUGGGUCGAGUCACACCUAUGACCUUAAAAGAGGAAGUUGUGACUUCCUCGCUUGGCGUUCAGCAUGAAUGGGAUAGUGCAACGACUGGUUGACCCGUAUCAGCAUGAUGGCUCGGGCGGGACGGCUUACUUGACUUCGGUCAAGUCCGAAUCAUGUACGAGGAGGAUUUGGGAGUUGUUGAUUUCCAUCCAUCAAUGUCAGUGGGGGUGAUUUAUCUGUCAGAAGCUGACAUCAUUACAGGGACUGCCUACAAAAGGAAGCUUGUUAAAUUCCGAAAGGCCAACAGAUGUAAAGGUGUGAUCCUGGCAGAGAGGACUGCCAUGAGCAGCCAGUAUUACUCAGCCCUGCAGAGGUUUGUUGUGCUGGAACUGGGCUUUGUUCUCAUUCCAGUGGCCAAUCAGACUGAGGCAGGCACAUUCCUUGUGCAGAUGGUGAAUGUGGAAACUAAGCCAGAGGGAAACCCGUUCAAGAAGAAGAAAACAGGGCAUCACACUGACUUAGCCUUACUGGAGAGUCUACAGUGCAUCCCUAAACUAGGGGUGGUUAAGGUCAAGGCCCUGCUUGUCAACUUUCACAGUAUUGAAGAGAUUUGUAACGCAUCCACAGAUGAAUUGGCCAAAGUCAUAGGAAGGGCAGGUGCUGCUCACUUGAAAGAUUUCCUCACUCACAGAUGACAGUUUAUUUUAGUCAUCAUUGAAGAUGUGAUACCUCUAUAUUGAUGAAAAGUCCAUUUUUCUUUUGGUAACUUGUGUAUGAUAACUUUCAUUGAGACUGUGAUCAAUUUGUGAUAACUUGCAAUGGAGAAUCUAGAUAAAAUUCCAUCUGUCUUUACUUGUUUAGAAGUGAAAUGUGAUAUGUGAAAAUCUAAAAUGUCCUUUUUCUUUUUUUAAUACUUAGAUGUAUUAUUAUUUUUGUAAGGCUAAGUUCCUGCAACACUCCUGCACGCAUGUGCAUUGUUCAAAUGAAACUUUCCCAUCUCCCACUCCCUAGGGUUGGGACAGUUGCAGAGAGAGCACUAUAGGUUGUGUUGUUGCCUUUUGUAUGUAUGAAUGUAUGUAGAUUCAUUUGUCAAAUUGCAUGAUUAUAUAAAUUGAUGUAUUUUUUGAUUGGACAUACAUGGGUCCUAUAUAUUGUUUUCUCUGUGAAGUCGUUGGGAAAGAAUAGUUUCAUUGUAAAUUGACCAAGCUACCUUCAAUAAAUAAAGAUAUUAUUAUUAUUAUUAUUAUUAUUGUUACUGACCUACAGGCUGUAUAAGGCAUAUUCAGGGCUUGCCAGAAUUCACAUACCUGUGGUCUGAAAACUAUAUCUUGUAAGUCAGUCUGAGAAGUUUUUAGCUUAAGUUAAAUUCAAUGAGAAAAGUCCUAUACAUGUACAGCAGGCUUUUUGUUAUAAUGUUUAUUUGCUGUAAAGAUUUUGUGCAAUAUAUCCUUAUACCUUCACAAUUUCAACCCUUAUGGUACAAACAAGCAUUAAAUUCAUGUUCAAAACUUUGACCUUUGUCAAAAUUGGCCAUUGCUUGCCAGGGUGCCAUGAUUUCCUCAAGGCUGUGUUUUGGCAAGGUGCCCUGAUUUCCCCAAGGCUGUGUUUUGCCAAGGUGCAAAGAUUUCACCACGGGCCACUCAUGAAAAGGGAUCAUGAGUCUAAGUUGAUUGUAAAUGACUAAGAUCUCGUAACCAUAACUUCCAAUCAACAUACUCUUGCAUGACACUUCAUGCACAAUAGUCGUAUUAUCCUGUCAACCCAGAUUUAAAUUAACUACAAAUACCUUUAGAAGAAUGUUUGGGAGACUUUGAUGUGCAAUUAAACUGUCUCUGAAAGAUGUUUUCCACAUGUCAGUCUUAGCAGCUGAAUCAUUAUAAUGUGGAACUAUUUUGAAAUAGGCAAGAAAUAACAAUGUACAUUUUCCAUUUAUACAGAACACCAUUAUGUUUGAGUCAAAUUUGGAUUAUGGUCGCAAUGGUAACACAGAAAAAUUGCAAUCACCUUAAAAUUCCUUUGUGCAAAUGGUAUAACUUAUUUGGACAUUUCAUGUCAAUUGUACGGUUUACAAUUGAUUCAAGCUCCAAUGACUUUGUGCAAGCUGGCCCUGGAGUGGGGCAAUGGUUUCCCCUUGGCUGUGGCCAGCCAUGGGUUUGCCUGGAGUGGGGCAAUGGUUUCCCCUGGCUUGCGCACUGCCAUGAUGCCACAGUGCUGCCUGGAGUGGGGCAAUGGUUUCCCUUGGGCAGUGCCCUGAGUGGGGAAAUGGUUUCCCUUGGGAUGUGCCCUGCCAGAAUUGAGAGAGUAUGCAACACUGAAAGUUUAAUAAAUUUCAAAGAAUUACAUAUGGUUUACUUACACGUAGUCAUAGUCAUUAUUAUUUUAAUAACAACCAAUGUAUCUGUUAGACACAUUUUGA